CACCAACUUCUCCUUUUUUCCCCUGCAUCGCCCAACCUUCUCUACACACACAGUUUCUAAAGGGAAGAAAAAGGCAAACAAACAAUCUGCAGCCAUGGCUAUGUCAGCUGCCACCACCCAAUCGUUCCUCCUUAACAACAAAACCACCCGCCAUAACUACCAAACCCUCAAAUCUGCCACCCAUAUCGCCGCCUUCCCCUCCACCCAUGUCCACCCCACCACCACCCUAACCUCUACAUACAAAUCUAUGUCCAUUUCCUGCUCAGCCGCCGCCUCCACAACUACCACUCCCCUCCAAACACCCCCUACCACCUCAUCAGAUCGGGUCUUCAACUUCGCUGCCGGACCCGCCACUCUCCCGGAAAAUGUCCUCCAAAAAGCCCAAGCCGACCUCGUUAACUGGCGGGGCUCCGGCAUGUCCGUUAUGGAAAUGAGCCACCGUGGAAAAGAAUUCCUUUCCAUUAUUCAAAAAGCAGAAUCAGAUCUGAGAACCCUUCUUAAUAUCUCUGAUGAAUACGCCGUUCUUUUCCUUCAAGGUGGGGCCACCACCCAAUUCGCCGCCAUUCCUCUCAACAUCUGCUCACCGGACGACGCCGUUGAUUACAUCGUCACCGGUUCAUGGGGUGACAAGGCUUACAAAGAAGCAGCUAAAUACAGCAAACCGAAUGUCAUUUGGAGUGGUAAAUCGGAAAAAUACACCAAGAUCCCGAAUUUUGAUUCGUUGGUACAAAACCCAGAUGCCAAGUAUUUGCAUAUAUGCGCCAAUGAAACUAUUCAUGGGGUUGAAUUCAAAGAUUACCCAACACCCCUUAACGAGAAAACCAUUCUUGUUGCUGAUAUGUCCUCCAAUUUCUGUUCAAAACCAGUAGAUGUUUCUAAAUUUGGUAUCAUUUACGCUGGUGCACAGAAAAAUGUUGGUCCAUCUGGAGUUACCAUUGUGAUUAUAAGGAAAGAUUUGAUUGGAAAUGCGCAGGAAAGUACACCUGUGAUGUUGGAUUACAAGAUCCAUGCUGAGAACAAUUCGUUGUAUAACACACCCCCUUGUUAUGGUAUUUACAUGUGCGGGCUUGUGUUUGAAGAUCUGUUGGAUCAAGGUGGAUUAGUAGAGGUUGAGAAGAAGAAUCAGAAGAAAGCUCAGAUUUUGUAUGAUGCUAUUGAUUCUAGUAAUGGAUUUUACAGGUGCCCAGUUGAUAAAUCAGUGAGAUCUUUGAUGAAUGUGCCAUUUACAUUGGCUAAACCAGAACUGGAAGCUGAAUUUGUGAAGACAGCUGCUGGUGAGAAGAUGGUGCAGCUUAAGGGACAUAGGUCUGUUGGUGGAAUGAGGGCUUCAAUAUACAAUGCUAUGCCUUUGGCUGGAGUUGAAAAGUUGGUAGCUUUCAUGAAGGAGUUCCAAGCUAAGCAUGGUUAAAACUAUAUUGUUCUAUUUUAAUAUUUGCAACCCUUUAUAAUUUUCUUUAUUUGUGCCUUUGUGUUCUGUUGGUUUAUUUGAGUUGAGAGAGAGUCUGAAUGACAACACUUGAGCAUGUGUUAGUCCUAUUGAUUCUUGUGUACUUCUAGGAAGUUUUUAUUUUUAGAAAUAUGGAAACUAUUACUUAGUCCUAUUAGAAGUUCAAUGAAGAAGUAUUUUCAAUUUGGUUUUUUUGGUUU